UAAACCCGGAGGAUUAUACAGCGCCUGGGGGGGGGGGGAUGUGGAAGGCAUUCAGGCUUAAUUCGGGGAACUGGAGCACAGAUCCAAUUCCCUAAAUCAAGAGCCCCUCACCAACAUCAAGGAACCUUCCUUGAGGGGAAGGGUUGUUUGAGAGGCUGAUGUGGCUACACUGGCAGACAUAAGUCAGCUGGUGGUAGUAAACACAGAGUUGCUGCUGCUGCUGCUGUUGCUGCUGCUGCUGCUGCUGCCAUGAAGAAGACAUGAAUUUUCUUUAAUAGGGAGAAGCUCCAUGAGUCACGUUAGUAGGGGUUUGGCAGAGGAUGGCAGCUGUAAGCAGGAUGUUGUGCCACUCUGCUCCUUGGCAGAGCUCAAGCUGCGGUUCUUGUGCCCCAGUGAUUUACCAGAGGUUAAAACAUUGUGUCGAGAGUGGUUCCCUAUUGAAUACCCUGAUGUAUGGUAUGAAGACAUCACAACUAAUCCACGAUUCUAUGCACUUGCUGCAACAUUCCAUUCACAAAUCAUCGGCCUGCUGGUGGCAGAGACAAAGCCUUUAUCGAAGAUGAAUAAGGAGGACCAAGAUAUCUUACCUCCCUCGUUGACUGGUCAAACACAAAUUGGCUAUAUCCUAACACUUGGUGUGAGUGAUGCUCAUCGUGGCCAUGGAAUAGCAUCACUCUUGUUGGACAACUAUUUAGCCCAGCUGUCUGCUCAUGAGUCGCCUCGUGUGCAAGCUGUGCUCUUGCAUGUGCUAACUACAAAUCACCGUGCCAUCGCCUUUUACCAGAGACGCAACUUUGUGCGUCACACUUUUCUACCAUAUUACUACAGCAUAAAAGGAAAACCCAAAGAUGGCUUUUCCUAUGUCCGAUAUGUCAAUGGGGGACAUCCACCGUGGACUCUCAUAUAUCCUUUGAUAAUCUUGCUGAUGUAUAAUGAUUUAUUAUUAAAUUACUUUUACUCAUGUACAGUUAUUCUAAUAUAAUAUUUGCCAAACAUUUUCACAC